AUGGCUCAAUUACAAUACUCAAGGAAAAAGCCAAAUAUUCAUCAUUCUGAUACUAUAUCACAUCACUCCAUUUCUAAUAAGAUUAUUGAAGGGGUAAACUUUUUAAAUAAUAAGGCAUCCCAAUACUCUUCUCCCCUUGUUCAAAAUAAUAAACGUACCACUGCCGAUAUAGACAUUCGCAACAUUCCAUCCAAUAGUAUUCAAUGUCAUAAAAAAGCAAAAUGUGGUGACGGCCAAUCGUGUUGCAAUCAUGAUAGCUGUUAUUUAGGAACAGAUUAUGAUUACACUCCUGUUGAUACUUCUACACAUGGUGUUAAUGAUGAUCAAGAAUUAUUGGACUCUCUACCAAAAGUCUCUGGUAUGGAUGACAUAUUGAAAGAAUUCUUGAGUUCCUUUUAUAACGAUGAAGGUGGAACUAUCUGUGAUGAAGAUAUUCUAACACAACAUUCAUUUUCAAGUGUAAAAUCUAAUAUCGCUACAAACGAGAAUUUUGAUGCAUUGUUAAAAAAGAUAUUGAGGUUUACAGUCACAGCAUCUCUCUCUGAGAAUUGUUUAAAGCAAGUGAUUGAAAUUGUUAAAGAAGCACUUCAAUUAUGUAAAAGUGAUGCUGAUAGAGAAUAUGCAAUUGACCACCUCUCACUAUCUGGAUACUAUAAUCAUUUCAUGUUAUCAUCUAAAACAAGAAAAGUUCCAAUGUGCCUAGAAUGUCAACAAUAUCAAAAAGAUGUCACUCAUAAAAAUUGUCCAACUUGUGGAAAAGCUUGGAAAUCAAUGAAAGAUCAUUGUUUUCUUAGACCUCUCAAAUUUCAAUUUGAAGAACGUGCAUGGAGAGAUCCUAAUUUCCUUAGUCAAUUUAAAUUAGAAAAGUCUCCUGAAGGUAUUAUCCAAGAUAGAUGUGACGGUAAAAUCUAUAAAACAAAGCAUGAACAAUUUGUGGCUGAUGGUGGUAAAACAUCGACAUUAUAUGGAGAUGGAGUUUCACCAUUUCAAUCCAGUCAACAAAGCUUUUACCAAUUUUCUAUUAGCUUGAACGAAUUACCACCUCAUUUAAGGAAAAAGAGGAAGAACAAUAUAUUGUGGAUGGUAAUACCUGUUAAACCUAAUCAUGACAUGAUAAAAUUAUGUCUACAAAUACUAAUGGAUGAUUUGAACUAUUUUAACGGAAAUUAUGAAAAGUUUGAGAUGAGAAUUGAUAGAGUGCUGGCAGACUUACCGGCAAGAUCUGAAAUUUUGUUCUUCAAAGCAUCAGGAUACUACUUUUGUCACUUAUGUGCCAUUCCUGGAGAGAGUGUAGAAGUCAAUUCCAAAUCAACAACUGCUAUUAGAUAUCCAUUACGAAGAGUGAUUCCAAGCAAUCAAAGGAUUGUUCACUGUUUUCGUGAUAUUGAUUUUUGGAACAUCGUAAAAGGUGAAAAUCUUGAAACACAAUAUGGAAUGACAUCAUCUGAGUACUCUCCCAUUUUGAAACAGAAUUGGAAUCCUACACCAACAGAUAUGGGAUCAUAUGAUUCAAUGCAUUGUCUAUACGAAGGAAUUUUGCGUGACAUGAUGUCAUUAAUUCAAAUACCUUGUUGGGAGAAGUUCGACAAAUUAUAUCUCCAACAAAAAUUUCCAUCAUUCUUACAUAGACAUCCACGAUCUAUCACUAAAAAUCUAGGUCAUCUCAAAGCUAUAGAGGUAUAUAUGAUAGUACAUUAUUAUCUAGACUUGUUCUACGAAAUUGAAGGUUUUGAGGAAAUAUCAAAACAUGUCAGCAUGUUGAAAAGAUUUGUCAACGUUUUAGACAAAUUACAUGAUUGUUUUCGCACCGCAGAUUUACCAGUUAUCAUUAAUGAAUUGUGGCAAGUGUUGGAAGAAUAUCAACAGGAAGCAGGAAUUGCUAAAACCACCCAAAAUUUCCAUAUAGCUUCUGAGUUGGGUAAUAGUGCCGAAUUAUUUGGUCCGUUAGUCCAUAAUUCAGCUUUUUUGGGAGAAAUUCUUAACUUCACCUUAACCAAAGCAUUCAUAUCCUCCAACUCGGCAAGAUACGCCAUAAUGUUCUUUGAUAUGGCACAAUUAUGUGACAUUUAUGAAUUGAGCACACUAAGACAAUCAGAGUGUGUUUGUGGCAAUUAUGUACUGAAGACUAAUACUGAUGUUGUUGCCCAAACUGAUGACUCUACUGAGUCUGAGCCCAAAACCUCUUUCUUCAAAAUCAAAAAAUCAACUCAACACAGUUUGGAGUUAGAGAACUUGGAUGAUCACUCUCUUAAGUAUGUGCCACACAAGAAUAAGCUUGUCCCCUGUGUUUCGGUAUACUCUCCGAAACAUAAUCAGACUUUCCACAUUCCAAUGCACAAGAAUGUCAAUCAAUAUAUUUAA